CUUUGAGAAAUAUGUUAAAUAAUGGAUAACUUUAUCAAAUAGAUCAUUGUUCUCAUAGUGAUCUUAAACAUCAAUAUAUCUUACUCAUUCUUAUCAUUUGUGCAUUUUUUUAUAUAUUUCUUGAUGCACAUGACUUUCCCUUGCAAAUAUUUGAUUUGCAAUCCAGGGGAUAGUCUAGUUCUUUCAAAUUAUUGAUUUCAAUUACUUUUGAAUAAUCUUCUAGAGUUUCAAGUCAAUCAAUAACUUCGUAUCUUUUAAUACUCUUCUAGAGUUUCAAACAUAUUUAUACCUUUAAUCUCAACUUGAAAUCAUUGUUUACAAAUGUGUCGACACCCCAAAGGUGGCAAAGAAUUUGUCAACAUAUUGCCAUGAGAAGUUUGGCUCUUUCAACCAAUGAUUCUUUGUCAGAAGACAUGAAGCUAUCAUUGGAAGAUAUUCUAGAUCGACAGGACCUUAGGCGGGCUUCAUGACUUCAUGUCAAUGGCUGUGUUGUUGUUUACGAUCCCACAAUGGCAGCUGUUUGGAACACGAGCGAAUCGGUCUCCUUGAGCUCAAAUCCUCGCUCAACGAUCCAUUGAGCGGCCAUUGGAAUGGAGUUCGUUGCAAUCCCACCAUAGGGAAAGUCACUAAGCUCAGUCUUUCCAAUUCCAACUACGCCAACUCAUCAACUAGGCCGAAUUUGAAUACUUCCUUGUUCCUUCCUUUCCAAGACUACUUGAGAGUGCUUACAGUGCACAAUAUCCUUGGUUGUAUGGAGAAUGAAGGGUGGGCUCCUGGUUUGGAACGUCUUGAAAUAGAUGACUCCAUCAUCGUUGCAUGCAACACCUUCCUUGAGAUCCUUGGCACCAAAAUGACCAAUCUUACUUUCUUGACGAUUCAUGGAGGGUCGAGUCUAAGCUCCACUAUUCCUCAAGAUUUCAACAUGAAGGGAGCAGUUGGCUUCCCGUGGUGGUUGCUGGCUAACAACACAUACUUACAGUUUCUAGAUUCUCCAACUGUUCACUUUCAGGGCAUUUUCAGUUGCCGACGAUCCCCCAUCAUCGACACCACCGAAUUUAUGGAAAUCUAAUCAGUUUAGAUAUCUCUAGCAAUGACUUCUUGCCUAGCCCGCUCCCACAUGAUAUUUGCACUUUCUUUCCCAAUAUACAAGCUCCAUUUUUACCUGACAAUAAUUUCUUUGGCAAAAUACCUUCUUGCGGAUAUUAAUUAUUUAGUCAUCAAGUAAUUAAUUCUUUGUCCUCC